UGGUCCUUGUUCUGGCUGGCCCCGCUUGGCUCUCCAGAGAGGAUGCAUGUCUCCUCCUGUCUUCUCCCUCCCAGAGAGCCCUGGCUGACGGUGAUGCCUUGAGGCUGCAGGGGCCCAACAGGCCUGGAGGCUGCAGAACUGGGACUGGGCCUCUGAAAACUCCCCUGAAGUCUGGCUCCUCAGGUGCUGCGUGGGAGGCUUAGGGAGUCAGUCAUAUUCCAAAGGAGGCGAAAUGGCUCAAAAAGCUAGCAUUUGUGGUCGUUGAUGGUUUUUCCAGAGAAGAUUGGUGGUGGAGGGGUGGAGAUCCUUGACAGACUUCCUGGUGCUGGGAAGAUGCAUUCCCUCUCUCUCCUCACCCUGAGGCUGCUCUUGCAUCUUGUCUGAGGAAUGUUCCCAUGGGAAGGAGUCUUCUUCCUCAUCUGCUUCCGAUGAGUUUUCUGGAGGGAAGUAGUGAUAUUCUAGUACCAGCUGGAGAGGGAGAGCCGCACCCUGGCUGGUCUGGACACCUUUCCUGAGACAUGAUUUGUCUUGAUGGUCCCAAGAUGUAAAAUAUGAUUUGAAUCAAAUUAUAAAUUGGUUAUUCGGUUGAGCUUAAGUUCUGGCCUAGUUGCCUUGGAAACUUUGAGACAGAGCCUUGUUUUAUAACGUGUUCCUUAUAGCUCUGGUCCUGAGAAAUAUUUCAUGAACAAAUAGGUCUAUGGUCGUAUAUAUUUGGAUGUUGCUUCAUAUGCUACCCCUUUACUGGAGCCUUACAACACAUAGAACCUAUGAAAAGGCCCUCAGAAGAGGUAUAAUUAAAAAACUAUUUCAGCAUUAUUUAAAUUCAUGUUUCCCAAACUUUUUAACCAGAACUUUUUUUUUCUUUUUUUUUUAGCAUUCACAUUUCCAUAAAACAACUGGGGAAUGGCUGGAAUGGAGAUUCCCACUGGCCCUGAGGCAGGUCUGGCUAGCAGCACGAUUUCAGAAUACAGCUGGAAUGAAACGCAGAACCCACCUGAAACCCAGAAGACUGUAUGUCCUGUCUGCCCCACAGCCCAGAAUCGCCGAGCUGCGAGUUACCAAGAAGCUUCCAGAUGGCAGUUCCAUUUCCCCUCAGCCCCCAGCUCCCUGUGCUAGCAGGGGCCCAGGCCUGGAGCUCAGUACCUUCAGGAGCCCUGCUCUCUCCUGGAUGGCUCUUUACCCUUCAGGCUUCAGGCUGGCUCCACAUCUCAGGGUCUCCAGCUCACUGUCAUCAUCACAUCGUCAUGGAAUGGUCCCCGGAUGUUACAGGUUGGGGCCAUCUGGCUGCCCAAGGAUUGUACUCACGGCCCAGAAAGUAGCUGCUGCCUCUGGACAGCCUCCCAGACGCCUUCUCCACCCAGGGCAUGGGCACCCGUGAUGCUGUCCCUCCUGCCAAGGUUCUGGCGCCGGUGGCCGUGUACUGUGGGAGUGUCCCCCGGACCAGUGCUGGGCCCCGUGCACUCCUGGGUGGAACCAGCAACUCCAGCCUGAACACUUCUGGAGAAGCCUCCCUCCAGCCGACGCCAAGCACUCCGCUGGAGAAGCCAUCGCAGCUCUUGAGUGGAAAUGGCGACCCUGGCAGCCUCAAGCUGGAUGCUCCCCUGAAGGGCUGGCCAGUCAGAAAUGGCCACCCCAGGAACCUUGGAGCUCUGUCUCAGGGCCCCUACCCCCUGGUGCCACUCCCCUUGCUGGAGUCGGAAGCCAACAGUGUGGCCCGGGACACCACCCAGAUCAAGGACAAGCUCAAGAAAAGGAGACUCUCAGAGGGCUUGGCAACAUCUUCCCGAGCCUCUCUGGAGCCCGGGGGAGGCCCCAGAGGAGUGCCCCUGAGGACCGCCAUCCCCCGGGCCACCUCUCAGAGGUUGCUGAGGUUGCCCAGGCCGAUGCCUCCCAUCCAGAGCAUCCCCACCACCCCAGAGGCCAGCGGAGCCAAGGAGAAGAGCCUGGACCCACCCAGGAGCUGUCAGGGUCCCCAGGAGCUAAAACCUGGUGCCCAGGAGGUGCAGAUCUCCCAGCAAUACCUGCACUGCAACGACGAGAAGAUGCACAAGUCUCUGGGGGGCAUCGUAACCCCACCCAUCCCAAAGGCCGGGGUGUCCGCCAGGACCUCCUCCUGCACGCCUGGCUCCCUUCCCAGCCUCUUGACUCCAGGCCAGGACGUCCUCACCAGCCUGAGGGCGCCCCCUACACGAUUGACUCGGGAGAGGAGCGGGCCUCGGGAGAAGACCCCCAAAUCUCUAGAGCCAAAACCUUUGGUCCCACCUGUCAGAGACAGGCCUGCUGCCCCUGAGAGGCCUGCCCUGCCUUCAUCUCAGUGCGCUCCUAUGCUGACCGCCUUCUCCUUCAGCCAUGCCAAGGAAGCCCACCCCUUACUAAAAGAAGAAGACCAGAAGGAGAGUAGCACUAAGACCCAGGUCACCAUCUCCAAGUCUGCCCAGGAGAAGAUGCGGCUGAAGCAGAUGAAGGAGAUGGAGUCGUUCUGGAUGGAGAAGGACCCAGAGAAGGAGAGGGAGCUGGCUUCCCAGAGCCUGGGCUCCCAGAGAACCUCAAUGAAGGAAGGCCUCCUUCCCCUCCGGGGCAGCAGGACCCUAUCUGUGCCCACCGGGCUGAGCAGCCCAUGCAGAAACAACAUGGGCGUCAUCCUGAGGAAACGGGCCAACCGGGCCUCCCUGCCCAGCAUCCCUGUCAGCAAACAGGAGCCCAGCUUUGCCCGCCACGCUUCAGCUCACUCCUUACCUGCGGUGCUUACUUUGGGGUCUCCUGAGUGGGAGGAAGAGGAGGAGGAGACAGAUCUUCGGGCUUUCAAGGAGUUGAGGCCUUUCUCAAACCCGGAGUUGGGACUGGUAGAUGCCCUCCAGUGCUUGGACAGCAGCAACUGGCAGAUGAAGGAGAAAGGCCUGGUGAGUGUCCAGCGCCUGGCGGCUUGUCACGCAGAGGUCCUCGCUGGGAGGCUGCACGAUGUGUCCUUGGCUGUGACUGGAGAGGUCACCAACCUCCGCUCCAAGGUAUCCCGCUUGGCCAUCAGCACCCUGGGAGACCUUUUCCGGGCCUUGAAGAAGAAUAUGGACCAGGAGGCUGAGGAGAUCGCCCGCUGCCUGCUCCAGAAGAUGGGGAACACCAGCGAGUUCAUCCAGAGAGCAGCCAACCGGUCCCUGGGGGCCAUGGUGGAGCAUGUGACCCCGGCCCGCUCCCUUGUGGCCCUCACCUCAGUGGGCAUCUACCACCGAAAUCCCUUGGUCCGGAAAUGCACUGCCGAGCACCUCUCUGUCGUCCUGGAGCAGAUAGGCGCCGAGAAGCUUCUCUCAGGCACUAGAGACAGCACAGACGUGCUGGUGCACAACCUGGUGAGGCUGGCCCAGGACUCCAACCCGGACACCAGGUUUUAUGGCCGGAAGAUGGUGAAUAUCUUGAUGUCAAACACAAAGUUUGAUGCGUUUCUGAAGCAGUCCCUCCCGUCCCACGACUUGCAGAAGGUCAUGAUGGCUGUUAAACAGCGGGGAAUAGAAGAUGGUGGUGAGCUUCCAUCUGCCAAAGGUCGCAAGGUGUCGAGGAGCCUGGUGGUGUGUGAGAGCGGGCUGCCCAGCGAGGCCAGGCUCAGAUCCAAUGGCCCACGGCUGACAGGGCUGCGCUCCUCCAUGCGGGGGGGCUUGGACAUGGUGGGGCAGCUGCGGGACCUGACGCGGCUGCUGGAGGCCAAGGAGUACCAGUCUCGGAUGGAAGGCAUGGGGCAGCUCCUUGAGCACUGUAAGGCCAAGCCCGAGCUCAUCACCGCCAACCUGGUCCAGGUCUUCGAUGCUUUCACCCCAAGGCUUCAGGAUUCUAACAAGAAAGUAAACCAGUUGGCGCUAGAGUCCCUUGCCAAGAUGGUCCCCCUGCUGAGAGACAGCUUACACCCCAUGCUGCCCUCUGUCAUCAUCGCUGUUGCAGACAACCUCAACUCCAAGAACUCGGGGGUUUAUGCCGCCGCUGUGACAGUGCUGGAUGCAAUGAUUGAGAGUCUGGACAAACUUGGCCUCCUGCAAGCGUUUGCUGGGCGGGUGCGUUUCCUGAGAGGCCGCGCGGUGCUUGAUGUCACAGAACGUCUGUCUGUGUUGGUGGCCUCAGUGUACCCCCGAAAGCCGCAGGCAGUGGAGCGGCAUGUCCUCCCAGUCCUCUGGUACUUCCUUAGCAACAUGACCGGGAACGGCGUCCUGCUGGGGCAUGGUGGGAACGUGCGCGCGGUGGUGUGCCGGCUGUCCAGGAGCCUCCAGGAACAGAUGGGCUCCCGGCUGCAGGACAUGGCUGCCGGCCAGCCAAAGCAAGUCCUCAAAAUGCUCCAGGAACUCUUAGAUGCAGAAUCCCCGUGA